AUGCAGGAUGACCACCUUGUGUCGAAAACAGUGGAGAUGACAGUACACUUCAGGAGGAGCCCUCCAACCCUGCCAGCACUCACCAUCCUGAACAGAACUGUGAUGGCAGUAGAGUCCCGCAAGGUCCUAGGCACAACAAUCACCAGGGACCUGAAAUGGGACAGCAACAUCAGCUCCAUCAUCAACAGAGCCAAGCAGAGAAUUUACUUCCUGCGUCAGCUGAGAAAGUUCAACCUGCCCCAGGAGCUGAUAAUGCAGUUCUACACAGCCAUCACAGAGUCCAUCAUCACCAUGUCCAUCACAGUAUCAAGCGGCAUCUUGAAUUCAACUCCGAUGACAGAACCAGAAUAUCUAGGCUAUGAAAACCACACAAACCUGACCACAGUUCCACCACCUUGCAGGGAUGUGCCAUGCAUUUUCUAUGCAGCAGUGAAUGUCAUCAUCUUCAUCCUGGGUGUUGCUGGAAAUGGUUUGGUGAUCUGGAUUGCAGGGUUUAAAGUGAAGAAAUCUGUCAAUGCUACCUGGUACUUGAGGCUGGCUGUGUCUGAUAUCAUAUUUUGCUCCUUUCUGCCCAUCGGCAUUGUUCAUGUGAUCAGAGACAAUUGGAUCUUUGGGCUUUUCAUGUGCAAGUUCCUGUUCUUCCUCAUGUUCUUAAAUUGGUUCAGCAGCAUCUUCCUCCUCGUCAUCAUCAGUGUGGACCGCUGUGUGGUUGUUAUGUUUCCUGUGUGGGCUCAGAACAAGCGCACUGUAAGAAAGGCCUCUGUGAUAGUCAUGCUAGCUUGGAUCAUCUCAGCAGCACUUAGCCUACUGACAGCCUUUCACCUAGAUGUUAAGUAUGAUUACCAAACCCAGACAACUAUUUGUCACACAAAUUACAAGAAUGAUCAACAGAAGGUUGCGGAUGUGGUGUGCAGAUUCAUUUUUGGAUUCUUGAUCCCGUAUCUGAUCAUUAUCAUCUGUUAUGUUGUCAUCAUUCGAAAGCUGAAGUCCAACCAGACGACCAAGUCCAAAAAGCCAUUUAAGAUCAUGACGGUGCUGAUUGUUACUUUCUUGAUCUGCUGGCUGCCUUAUAACACUUUUGCUUUGAUGGAACUAGACUUUGAAAAAUAUAAGAGUUUUUACUGGUCAGGAUCAAAAGUUAUUCUUGUUCUCGCUAAUGCUAACAGCUGUCUGAACCCGUUUUUUUUUUGUGCUUUCAUGGGGAAGGACUUUAAGGACCAAUGUUAUGCGCUUCUGUCCAAGAUUGAGAAUGCAAUAGCAGAAGAGGAGGACCUGAACAAGGUCCAAGGCACAGUUCUUACCACCUCUGGGGAAAACAAGCUUUCAACUACUGUCUGA